GAUAUGGAGAGAGCCUGCCUGUCGACGACCGUUGAGCUGGCUGCCUGACCGGUCACAGACUGCGCGACUCGAAUGAGAUGAACAAGAGUCCGUUCUUGUCGAGGAGACUCGAAAUGGGGAGAAGGGUCACGAAGAAACUGGGGAAGCAGCCAUGGACUCGACGCGGGGGAGUCGCCGAGUUAAAAACGAGACCAAGUCAUGUCCUCGAGCAGAGCAGAGUCACAUCGGGAGCACGCGACCACGAGGGCUGGAAAGGGAAAGCCAGGAAGGACUGCGGGGCGACAGAGGGAAGAGGUGGAAAGGCGUGAAGCAGAAAAGAGGAUAUUGUCAGCACUGUCAGCAAGCACACCACCGCGAGACGAGAUCCAUGUGUGGGAAGGAGACCACCGACAACCGUGGGAUGUCCCUGAUUCCCGGGGGCUUGGCAGGUGGUCGAAAGUGGUUCCUCCGCAAUCCUCCUUCCUUGUACGGUAUGAAGCACCGUAGCCACUUUCCACUGGCUCGACUAACAGCGCCGAUUCUGGAGGCCGGGGGGGAAGGCGCGAGCCGUUUUGUCUGUUUCGCAAGCACGCAAGCCCUUAUCGUGGACAAAGUCGCCUUUUCACCGACAAUCAGUCGACUGGUCUUCGGGCCUGUCCCACCCAACUGAGGCAAGAUUGACAAAUCACACACCAGACAGCCGGGAACCACUUGCCGUGUACCUGGUGCUGGGAAGCCAAAGGAUGCCAGCGUGGACCCGUGAAACCCGUGGUCUGCUGGGUGGAGCCCGUGGAUGGAUACUGUAUGGAUAACGAAUCCCGAGGUUGGU